AUGCUGACCACAAUCGAGCCCGUACAGCUGACCGCCAUCGAGCCCGUAUUGCCUGUCGAGAACAAAGAGUUGGCGUACUGGCGGCGGUCGGCUUGCAAGCUCUGGACUCUGGCGUCGCUCGCUAUCGUCGCGGUCGGCGGAGCCGUGACAAGCCAGCCGACCUUUGGCCAACCGCCGACGAUCGGACGAAUGCCAAAUUUCGGCAGCCAGCCGCAUAAUUGGUGGCCGCCAACUUACGGCGUCCAGCCCCACUACGGCGUCCAGCCCCACUACGGCGUCCAGCCCCACGACGUCCACCCUACCGACUCUGUCCGCAUCACGGACUUCUACGUCAAGCUUGAUGCCCUGGGCGUCGAACCACACGACGCGCAUCCCUCGGACUCUGUGAUAACGUCGGACUCCUUCAUUGUGUCGGACAGCGUCCAUUCUCCGUGGGCUAGAUGGGGUGUCAACACCGAUCCGCGAGGUAGCGAUGAUCCACCCUGA